GCAGGAAGCGGUCGUCGGCGUCCGGGCGCGUAAGGGAAGUAGAACCACGGUCGACCUCGUCCGCCUCGACUCGGAUCGCAUCGUCUCGCCUCGUCUUCUGCUGCUGCUUGCCCAUCGCUCGCUGCCUUCUGCUGCUCGCGCGCCCGACUGUGUGAUCGCAUCCUCGCCCGUCCGAAGCUCCGAUUGAUUGAGCCUGGCGUUCGUUUCCUCGAGCUGUCGAGAUCGGCCGGUCGCGCCUGCAACCUCUUGUUGUGUCGAGGGUUUUCGAUCCAUCUGCGCGUUCCAGGAGGCCGAUCGGCGAGGAGGAGGGAUUUUGCGCCGAGGUAGGAGGGAGGGCGGUUGUUGAUCGGGCGUGGAGAGAGAGCGGGAGUGUUCAGAAUGGAGGCGGUCGAUACCGUGGUGAGACCCGUGAAGGAGUUCGCGAAGGACAGCAUCCGGCUCGUGAAGCGGUGCCACAAGCCCGACCGGAGAGAGUUCACCAAAGUGGCAGCAAGAACUGCCCUCGGGUUCGUGGUUAUGGGAUUCAUCGGCUUUUUCGUGAAGUUGAUCUUCAUCCCUAUCAACAACAUCAUUGUCGGUUCCGGUUGAGCUGCUGAUUGUCGCUGGUUGGUCAAGCGAACCAGUGAGCAGAUUUUGUUAUUUAAUACGGUUUGGAAAUCGCUGUCGGUCUUUGUUGGAUUGACCUGAAACUCCAAAAUCAGCCAGAAACUAUGUUACAGAAGGGUGAGUGUACAUCAAAACCGACCGCAGUUUAUGUGCAACAUUUAUUAGGUUUCUGGACAGAAGUGAGCUCGAAGUGCAAUUGUAGGAUUAGACUCUGAUAGUACUGUAACGGCCGCCUUUUCGCCCGGAAGUGAACCCUGGGUAGUGUUUGUUCAGUAUUUGUACUACCUGAUUCAAAUUCAACUCUUUUUACAUGAUUCGGCAUUAAGAGUCAAAGCCUUGUAUUUCCAUUUUUCUGAGAGCUUUGAGCUGUCCUUGACUCGAUUACUUAUUCCCAAUUGUCUGGUGUCCGCUUGUGGACUUGUGGAGACGACGUGGGACGUACUUUCAAUAUAGCAUGCCACUUCUUGAACUUCUAAGGCAUUUUAUUCAAAGC